UGAAGUACCUUGGACUCCUGGCCAUGUCAAAGAUUCUCAAAACGCACCCCAAGUCUGUGCAAGCCCACAAAGAUUUGGUCCUACAGUGUUUGGAUGACAAGGAUGAGUCCAUACGCCUACGAGCCCUCGAUCUCCUCUAUGGCAUGGUGAGCAAGAAGACUGUCAUGGAGAUUGUCCGUCGUCUUAUGACCCAUAUGGAUCGUGCUGAGGGAACCAUGUAUAGAGAUGAACUCUUACAAAAAAUUAUUCUCAUUUGCUCACAGAAUAAUUACCAGUAUAUUACCAACUUUGAAUGGUACAUCAGUGUUCUAGUAGAGCUUUGCCGAAUGGAGGGCACACAGCAUGGUGGCUUAAUUGCUAACCAGCUGAUGGAUGUGGCUAUCAGAGUGGUUGCUGUUAGAGAAUUUACUGUUGGCCAGAUGGCACUGCUGCUGGACAAUGCCCAUGUCAUAGUUGGUCCUGCAGCAGCUAGAUCAUCCAUAGCAGAAGUUUUGUAUGCCGCUGCCUGGAUCUGCGGAGAGUUUUCACAAUUACUAGCCAAUCCAAAGGCUACUCUAGAAUCAAUGGUUCGUGGUAAAGUUGUGUCUCUGCCAGGCCACAUACAAGCUAUCUAUGUACACAACAUGCUCAAGCUUUACGCGCAUAUCAUAUCUACUGCCGAAGAGGAGGAGGAUUCAGAGAUGAUAGAGGAGGUUACGAGUCUGCUUCUUGAGAGGUUACCUGUGUUUGUGUCAUCUGGGGAUCUAGAGGUGCAGGAGCGUGCAUCUUGUAUCCUGCAGCUUGUCAACUAUGUCCAAAAGUGCCACAAGAAUGGAGAUAAGAUAGGUUCUGAUCUGACUCUCUUGCUAACAGGGGAACUGAAUCCUGUUGCUCCAAAGGCCCAGAAGAAGGUUCCACUACCAGAAGGACUAGAUCUUGAUGUCUGGAUUAAUGAUCCACCAUCUGAGAGUGAGGAAGAGGAAAAGGAUGAUGUUUUCAAGAAGGAAAUAUUCGUGAAAAAUGACCCUUCAUCCAAAGAACGAAAGAAGGAGAAAUACGAGCCAACGGAAGAAGAGCUCCAGAAGCGACGGGAUGCAAGAAGGGCUGAGCAGGCAAGCAAUCCUUAUUAUGUCAAGUCACAUUCAUCCCCGAGGCCAAACCAUAACAGCUUGCAAGUGGACGAAAUCCCCGUGGCUGCUCUUGAUCUAAAUGUUUCUCUCAAGAUACCAGGUAUGGCCUCCUUAGAUAAGUAUCAAUUUGUGGAGGGAAGGCAGGAGAGUGGUAAAAAACGUGAUAAGAAGCACAAGAAACGCAGCAAGAAGAGAGGUGUUGCAUCUUCAAGUAGUGAUGAGGAUGUGCCUCGAACUCAUGUAGUAAACACAGAUGUAGGUGAGAUGCCUGAAGGUGCUAACUUCUCUGAUGAAAAUGAACCUGAUGAUCGGCCAGAGGAUGAUCCACACAGAGCACUGGACAUAAAUCUCGAUGAGCCUCUUGCACCCAAUGAAGUUCUUCCUACUAGAAGCCACUAUGAAGUUCCCCGCAAAGCCAGCUCUGACAACCAGGAUGAAGCGAAUCUCCUAGCAUCCCCUGCCAAGAAGAAAUCCAGUGGCAAAAAGGAGAAGAAGGAUAAGAAGGAGAAAGGGAAGAAGAGCAAGAAAGAGGAGAAGAAAGUGUCCAGGAAGAAGAAUGGGGUUCCAAAGAAGGAGGAGAGCCUCAUUCUAGACCUCAUAGACCCACUCAAGGAGACAUCAAUCAGUGAUGAAACAGUUCCUAGCACAGCAAACCACAUUAAUGGAGUAGAAGAAUCUAGUAGUAAAGAACCGCAAUCUGAUGAUCUGGACUUCUGGCUGUCCCCGGAGAACCCUCCUGCCGAGGCCCAUAUAGAAGAAGCAGACAAAGUAGCCCAAUUACCAUCUUCAGAAUUACAUAGUAAAGAAGAGAGCAAAUCUAAAAAGUCCAAAACCAAAAAGGAGAAGAAGGCCAAGAAGGACAAAGAGAAGCAUGAGAAGAAGAGCAAGAAGAAGGCCAAGGAAGAGCCAGAAGCCAUGAGCCGCAAUCGGGAUGAGUACGAGGAGACCAAUGGCCUGGUCACACAGGAGGGGAGGGGAGGGGAGGGGGAGGAGGCAGCCAUGGAGGCGUCAGAGGAGUCCCAGCCCCUCACAAGAUUACUCGCCGAGGAUUCCGCCAUUAAGAUGAUGUACACAACUGCAGCUAUGGAUGGUAUUAUGAGUCAAGUUUUAGUGUGUAUUACAUUCUCCAAUCAGUCUUCGAAAGAUAUCAGCAAACUCCAGUUGAUUGUGCCCGAUUCUGAUGCCUUGAAGAUGAUCAGAACGGACCCAGAAUCAGACACAGUGAAUCUCCCUUGGACCUUAGAGGCUGGCAGAUCACGCGAGAGCCAAUUCUCCUUCACAGCAGAUGACGACACAAUCCCUCACAAGUUGCGAGGUUCUCUCUCCUAUACUCAGGAAGGCAUUGGUAGUAGUGAUAUCUCAUUUCGUCUCGACUUUCCUGUUGUAACAUUCCUCUCUGGCAAGACCGCAAGUCGUGCAACAUUCACAGAUCUUUUAGGUUCAGGUCAGCUGUCUGCCAGAUCUUCUUUCACGCUUCCAAGUUGUUCACGCUCAUUCCAAGAGGUUUUGGAUGAAGUGACCCGGGGAGGAAGCUUGGCUGUGGUGGAGAGUGUGGAUCAAACUGCCUCUCUCUACGGCCGGUCCCUCCAUGGACACCACGUGUGCCUCCUAGUCAAGUACCAGGCAUCGAGUCGCCUCACAGUUGACGGCAAGAGCACUGAAGGGACUCUCCUAUCUAACACCCUGGAUUACUUGAAAACCACACUCUCGCAGCCGCAGUAGUCUCUUCAGUUUGCGACGUUGGGCAAAUUUAAAUAAAAACAGGGAAAGGACCUCAUGAUGUUAGAAAGUGUCACUUACAUAUAUAAACAUUUUCAUGUAAUAUACAGUUCAUUAUUAGGUGUUUUUCAUAUACCCAUCAUUCUACCACAUGAAUCCACGGAGAAGUUAUAGAUAUAUAUAUACAGAUUAAAAAAGAAAAGAUUUUUCUAUUUCAUUACGUAUUCAAUACGUAUGGUGUAUGUCCAGCAACGCCAAGUGAAUAGGCUGUGCUGUGGAGGGAUGAUUUCCACUAGUAGGCAAACUGGGUGUGAUAUUUAACUUAGGAAAUAUAUAAUGCUUUAAUUUGCAAGCAUUUGGGGAUCAAGUAUUUUGUAUUCAGAAGAAAUAUUUGUUAUUGUACUGUAAUCCUGAAUCAGAGUAUGAGAAACUGACAAAUAAUCAUGUACAUUUGAUUUAA